AUGUAUACAAAUUAUAAUGACUUAAUUACCAUAAAAUCUCGAAAUGAACCAAUGCUAGAAAUACCGUCUGCUAAAUGGGGUCAAGAUAGAUUAUCCUGGGACUCAAAUAGCGGCGUAUAUGAUUCUAUGACAGAAGAGUUUUUCUUAUCCAAAGCUUUCUCUGAAGCUAUGCAACCUUCACAUGUAAUUCCAUAUUAUUUUCGUGCUGAUAAUCCCCCCGAUGAAGAAGACAUAACUAUUACCACGUUAAUAACGUCUAAUCGUUUUCCAGUUUUUGAUAGACUCGUCACAAACUAUCAAGGUCCAAUUUCUGUAACAAUACAUGUUAGUGAUGAUGAAGAGACACGUGAAGAACUGCUCAAAUCUCUUAAUGACUUAUACAAUGGCAACCCGUACAUGAAAAAAUAUGUUGAUGUCCAUCUUGUUGUUGACAGAUUUGACCGGCAAUUUAAUAUGUGGCGUAAUGUUGCAAAAUUUUUUGCUAGAACAAAUUAUAUAAUGAUGUUGGAUGUUGAUUUUCAUCCUUGCACAAAUUUCCGACAAAAAAUACUGCGAAGCCCCAGGAUCAUGAAAAUGCUUCGAUCUGGAAAUACUGCUUUGGUCGUUCCUGCAUUUGAGUACGCUGAUUUGAAUGAAGGUCUUAAUCAUAGUACAUUUCCAACUACGAAAAAGGAUGCAUUGGAAUUAGUUGAUUCAAAACGGUUAGUCAUGUUCCAUGCCACGUGGAAACCAGGCCACGGUCCCUCAAAUUACGCUGCGUGGCAUAAUACAAACGUGCUAUAUAAGGUUACGCAAUAUCAAUACCAGUAUGAACCUUAUGUUAUAUUCCCGAAACAUAGCGUAUGGUGUGACGAACGAUUUGUUGGCUAUGGUGCAAAUAAAGCUGCAUGCCUAUUUGAAUUAUAUCUUUCUGGUGUUGACUAUUGGGUACUUCCUGAGGACUUUUUAAUUCAUCAAACACACAAAUAUCUAGAAAAUGCAAGAAAACAUGAGAGAGUAUUUAACAGAAGACUUUACGAACAUUUUCGUGAAGAAAUGUGCUUCCGAUAUGCUAGAAGUUUUAUUUUGAAUAAUGAAUGGGAUACACCAAAGUCUAAAAACCUUAAAGAUGCAUGUCAUACGAUUCGGGGAUUCACACAAGCCAUUAAAUUUUUCCGAGAAAGCAUUUCUUAA